AUGCCUAUCUUCGCCUUUUUGUACGGGAGGAUCAUACGAAAGCUGAUUGAUGCCAAAAACGGAUCCGACAUGCAUGCACCCGUGUACUACAUGUUGUACCUCGGUCUUGGCCUGAGUGUCGUUUCCGCGGGUCGCGUCUUUUGUUGGACCCUGUCCGCAAGUCGACAAGUCACCCGCAUUCAGUGGCACUUUUUCAGAGCCUGUUUGCGGCAACAAAUCGGCUGGCACGACCUGCACAGCCCUGGGGAGCUGACCUCCCGCAUCUCUGGUGACACGCGGAUUAUUCACAAUGGCAUUAACGAGAAGCUCGCACAGGGUAUUACGAAUUUAUCUACGGGGGUGUUUGGCCUCAUUCUGGGAUUAAUCUUAUCUUGGGAGCUCACACUUGUGAUGGCAAGCGUCCUUCCAGUCUUCUUCAUCAUAACCAUUUUUGUGGGUAAGCGCAUAAAAGAGAUGGCUGAGGCUACACGUAGAAAUUAUGCUGUGGCAGGCUCAAUUGCAACAGAGGUAAUGUCGAAUAUUAAAAUUGUGCAAGCCUUUGGAAAGGAAGAAAGCGAAAUGAAGCGGUUUCAUGAAGCUGCCUUGAAUGCACAAAUAUUUGGCAUAAAAAUGAGCUUCCUAAGCUCUAUAACUCCUGGUGUAUUUAUGUCAAUCUGUCUUGUUCUGUAUUGCGUCGGCCUUAUUUUCUCCUCAUACUUCAUGCAAUGGGAGCGUGCCGGCGUAGACGAUAUCAUUUCUACGUUCAUAAUGCUUCUGGCAUCUAUCUUUUCAUUCUCUUCAAUUACAAACAGUAUGAUGGCCUUUAUCGAAGCACGUGCCGCCGCUCAUGAGAUAUUUCAGGUCAUCAAAUCGUCUCCGGAAAUUGAUAUAGAUGCUGAGGGGGAACCAGUAGAUAGCUUUAAUGAAAGUAUUGAGUUGCGCGACGUGACGUUUUCCCACCCCGCUCGCCCAGACAUGGUACUCUUUCGAGACUUGAAUCUCACCAUCAGGAAGGGCCAAAAGGUAGCAUUCUCAGGAGUCUCCGGCUGCGGGAAGUCCUCCAUAAUUGGACUUAUUCAACAUUUUUAUGAUCCCAACGACGGUCAGUUGCUGUGCGAUGGCGUCGAUAUGCGUCGUCUGUCGUUGAAGGACUGGCGUAACCAAAUCGGUGUCGUGUCACAGGAGUCUAGUCUCUUUGCGGGAUCGAUGACGUAUAACGUGCGAUUAGGAAAGCCAACCGCAACCUUUGAAGAGGUUGUUGAGGCAUGCAAAAAGGCAAACAUCCAUGACACAAUCAUGUCCUUGCCUGCGCAGUACGACACAUCCGUUGGUGCUGUCGGUUCACAGCUGUCGGGAGGUCAAAAACAGCGUAUUGCCAUCGCUCGUGCGCUAAUCAAAAAACCUUCCAUUUUGUUACUGGACGAGGCUACUAGUGCACUUGACCUCAAGUGCGAGAUUGAGGUGCAGGAGGCCUUGGACUCUCUCAUAAAGGAUAGUGGCAUGACUGUCAUCAUCGUUUCUCAUCACUUAUCCACGAUCCGCGAUGUAGACUGUAUCUAUUACAUUAGACAUCAUGAUGCAGAGGGCAGCAUUAUUGCUGAGAGUGGAACUUCUGAUGAACUCAUUGCUCAGAACAGCGAGUUCGCUGCUAUGGCUAGGGUUCAGGGAGCUUUUUCAAAAUCUCAAGUGGGGACCACGGGUGGGGCCCGAGGUGUUGUGGAAGUUGGUUAUUCGAACAUUGUUCUUGAUGAUAAGGCACUCUCCAAGCUUGAAAAAGAGGCGCCGCUUACGGAGCGGCAAAGGGUCCCUAUCGAAAAGCUUGCAAGUUGGGAGGCUAACCAUACAAAGGUGGGAUCAGGUCGAAUCAUGAGCUACUGCAAGGAUUACACUUGGGCUGUUGCUUUGGGUGUUCUAGGUUCUGCUAUAUCAGUGUCGGUUUUCCCCGUGAAUACCGUUGUGUACGGAUAUAUUCUCGAUGUGCUUGGUUCGUACACUUACGAUAAGGAUGCUCACAAAUUACGGAAAAAUGCGAACCUGUACGCGCCACUCUUUCUCAUUUUUUCCGUCGCGAGCUUCCUCGGCGUUUUCUUUCAGACCUUUUAUGGAUAUGUCGGCCAGAAGCUUACGACGCGCAUCCGCACACCCCUGUUCAGUCGAAUCCUUCAUCAGGACAUGAGCUUUUUCGACAUUCCUGGUCGUGAUGCUGGUAGUCUUUCUGCAAUGCUCUCCGGUGACUGCGAAGCAGUUCACCAGCUGUGGGGUCCUUCCAUCAGCUUCAAGAUUCAAACUCUCAGCGGGCUCAUUGCUGGCAUGUUUAUAGGUUUUGUGUUUGAAUGGCGGCUUGCAUUGGUUAUGCUUACGUGUAUGCCCCUCAUUGCGAGCUCUAUCUAUUUCCAGGAUACACUUUACUUGAGGUUUAUCAAUAAGGACAACGAUAACAAUGAAUCCAUCGUCACAGAGUCCUUGUCCAACAUACGUACUGUUGCUUCAUUCAACCUCAAAGAUGAAUUGACAGCUGCUUUUCAUGAGUUGCAAGCUAACAAAUCAUCGAAGGUGAUGAAAAGGAGCAUUAUUAUUGCCAUUUGUUACGGCAUCGCGAGGUUCAUUUUUUAUGGUGUUAUGGCGCUCUGUUAUUGGUACGGUGGUGAACUUAUUAAACAAGGUAAGACGGAAUUUCGGAAUGUGGUUAUCUGUAUUAGUUCAUUAAUGAUGGUUAGCAUGGAGGUAGGGGAUGCAGGUGGAUUCGCCACUAAAGUAGCCGAUGCUCACAAGGCUGCUAAGCAUAUCUUCAGUGUGAUUGACCGCACUCCAGACAUAGACUAUUCUAUAAAAGGUGACGUUGAUAUCGGUGCCGGGUGCCAGAUCGAUUUCGGUAAAGUCUUGUUCAUUUACCCCGCGCGGCCAAAACAGGUUGUGCUGGACUCUAUCGAUCUCCAGUUCAACAAUACGACAUUCAGCGGCCUCAUUGGAGAGAUAGGCUGCGGGAAGUCUACCAUCAUUCAAAUCCUUGCUCGCUUUUAUGACAAGCGGUCUGGUAGGAUUACUGUAAAUGGUAAAAACCUCGAAGAUAUCGAUAUCACUGAGUGGCGCAAGAAUAUGAGUAUUAUUCUACAGGAACCUAACCUUUUUUCAGGCACGGUACGCGAGAAUAUUAGAUACUCAAAGGAUGACGCAACAGAUGAGGAGAUUGAAGCGGCUUUAAAGUUGACCGAUAUUCACGAGGAUGUCUUAAAUUGA